AUGUCGCCAGCGCCCGCCGACAUGAUCCGGGUCGAGCAGCCCCUGCUCCGAGCCGUGCUCGACAACGUCCACGCCCUGGUCGGCCACACGGGCAUCCUGCUGCCCAGCAUCCUCGUCGUCCUCGCCGUCCUCUGCCUCAUGUACCCGGACCGCGUCGCCUUCAGCCCGCCCCGCAACCGCAAGGAGCUCGCCUACCUGCCCGGCUACCCGCUCAUCGGCAACCUCAUCGAGAUGAUGAAGCUCGACCUGACAAAGCAGCUCGAGUUCCACCUGGAGCAGUUCAAGCACAGCCCCUAUGGCUACCAGAUCAGCAUCCCCAAGCAGGGCACCGGCAGCAUCAUCAUGCUCCACCGCCCAGAGUACAUUGAAUACGUCCAGAAGACCAACUUCGGCAACUACAUCAAGGGCGAAAACUUCCGCCAGCGCUUCAAGGACUUCCUCGGCUCCACGGGCAUCUUCGUCGCUGAUGGCCACGCAUGGAAGACGCAGCGCAAGAUGGCGUCGCACAUCUUCUCCGUCUACCAGUUCCGCACCUGGGUCCAGACGGUGGUGCACCACGAGCUCGAGAGCGCCAUCUCGCUGCUCGACACGCUCACCGAGCGGGCCGAAUCCAAGACCGGCGGUCCCGCCACGAUCCGCCUGCCGGACCUCUUCUUCCGCUACACGCUCAACUCGUUUGGCAAGAUGGCCUUUGCCAAGGACAUCGAGUGUCUCACGGCCGACCCGAGCUGCCUGGACAAGGAGGUCAAGUUUGCCGCCGCCUUUGACCAUGUCCAGGAGGCCAUCAACAACCGCUUUCUCAACCCUUUCUGGCCCAUUCUAGAGCGCGUGACCAAGGAGGGCAGGCGCACCAGGAGGAACGUUGCCGCCAUCCGCGAGUUUGGCCUCGAUAUCGUCGACGAGCGGCUCAAGGAGCGCGAGAGCGGCGGUGCCAGCGCCGGAACCGGCGAGAAGCAGGGAUCCUCGGACGAGAAGCUGCAGCAGCGCAAGGAGGGCAAGGACCUGCUCGACCUCUUCAUGGACCUCACGACGGACCGCGAGGAGCUGCUCGAGGUCGUGCUCAACUUUAUCAUUGCCGGCCGCGACACGACGGCGUCGAGCCUGGCCUGGCUGUUCUACGAGCUCUUCCGCCACCCCGAGUACGUCGACCAGAUCCGCAACGAGGUGCGAAGCGUGCUGCGCGACGAGAGCGACGGCAGCCUCAAGCUGCUUCCCUACGAGCAGCUCAAGGACCUCCCCUUUACCACGGCCGUCUUCAACGAGACGAUCCGCCUGCACCCUCCCGUGCCGCGCAACGGCAAGACGGCUGUCAAGGACGACGUCAUCGUCCCACAGGGCCCCACGGCCGCCGGCCUGCCGCCCAUCAAGGUCUACGCCGGCGAGCAGAUUGGCUGGUGCGACUGGGCCAUUGCGAGGUGCACCGACGUGUGGGGGCCCGACGCCGCCGAGUUCCGUCCGGAGCGCUUCCUCGAGGUGCACCAAGACGGCACCAAGUCGGUCAAGAACUACGGUCAGUGGAAGUUCCACGUCUUCAACGGCGGUCCGCGCCUCUGCCUUGGCAUGACGCUGGCCACGUACGAAGCGCUGGCCUGGGUCGCUGCCGUCAUUGACCGGUACGACUUUGGCUGGGCCACCGAGGAGCAGGGCCAGCAGGCCCACUGGCCGCUCCGCUACAAGAACAGCGUCACCCACCCGAGCGAGAUGUACACGGCCACCGUCGUCAAGAGGUAG